CAUGGAUGUGGCUAGAGAAAGGGUGGAAACUAUAGCAGAGAAGAUGCAAAAUCUUCCGGAUGAGUAUCUCGACAAGUUUAAGUACGAACUUCGGGCCUCUCUUGAAGGUUUAGGCGGUUCACAGCAGAAAGAAGAGUUCCUAUUUUUGCAGAAGAUGGUUCAGAGUAGGGGCGAUUUGACAGAGAAAACACUUACUAUGGCACACAGGGUUCAGCUCGAGAUCUUGGUUGCAAUGAAGACUGGAAUUCAAGCAUUUUUACAUCCUAGCGUCAGUCUGUCACAAGCUUCUCUUAUCCAUAUAUUCUUGUAUAGGAAGUGCAGAAACAUAGCAUGCGGAAGCACAUUACCAGCUGAGGACUGUGCCUGUGAGUUGUGCUCAAGAAGAAAUGGUUUCUGCAACCUCUGCAUGUGUGUGAUCUGCAACACUUUUGAUUUUGAGGUCAACACGUGCCGCUGGAUUGGGUGUGAUUCUUGCUCUCACUGGACUCACACCGACUGUGCUAUUCGAAAUGGACAGAUUAGCAUGGGCCCUUGUGUUAAAAAUGGGCUGAGCUCAGCGGAGAUGCUCUUUAGAUGCCGAGCUUGCAGCCGAACAUCUGAGUUGUUUGGGUGGGUGAAAGAUGUCUUUCAGCAAUGUGCACCAAGCUGGGAUAGGGAUGUUUUGAUUAGAGAGCUUGACUAUGUAAGUAGAAUUUUUCGCGGGAGUGAGGACUCGAGAGGCAGGAAAUUAUUAUGGAAAUGUGAAGAGAUUAUACAGAAAUUGAAAAUUGGGGCAGCAGAUUAUAAAGUAAUCUUGGUGUUCUUUCAAGAGCUCGAAGAUUCAUUCAAAAAUCAAGACAACGAAGAUGCUGGCAAGAUGCUGUCUCCACAGGAAGCAUUCAAUAAGACUGCAGAAGUAGUGCAGGAAGCUGUUAGAAAGAUGGAAAUGGUAGCUGAGGAGAAGAUGCAGAUGGUCAAAAAGGCUAGAUUUUCGGUCGAGGCUUGUGAUCAGGAGCUCAAAGAUAAAGAGAGGGAAGUUUCUGAACUGAAGAAGGAGAGGCAGAGAAAGAAGAUGCAGAUCGAUGAGCUUGAGAGUAUUGUAAGACUCAAACAGGCUGAGGCUGAUAUGUUCGAGAUGAAGGCCAAUGAGGCCCGCCGAGAAGCUGAGAGGCUGCGCAGAAUCGCACUUGCCAAGACUGAGAAGUCGGAGGAGGACUACGCUAGUAGGUAUCUCAAACAGAGACUGCAUGAAGCCGAAGCUGAGAAGCAGUAUAUUUUCGAAAAGAUCAAGCUCCAGGAGAGUUCAAGAGCGCCCCAGAGCAGCGGUGGCGCAGACGAGUCGUCUGAGAUGUACAACAAAAUCCAAGACCUGCUCAAGAACAUGUACAGCACGCCUCCGAAGGCGGACGGCCCAUCUAAAUUAGGUAUUUAAACAUCUGACUUGGAUCUUUCUAUGUGAAUUAUAGGUUGUUGCACUGAUUUAUUCAUGUGUAUUGUUGUCAUUUGAUUAUGUUUGUUGUAUGUGGUGAGAAUUGGACAAUAUUCAAGAAUCAAAACAUUCAGUUUCGUUUAA